AUGAAGAAUUUGAGUGGAACCAUGGUGAAGCUGUUUUAUUUGCUGUUAAUUUCUUGUUUAAUGAGAAAUGUCUUUGGCAAGAAUGUCUUCGACCAGGUAGAUUUGAAUCUAUCAAGGGGGAUAUUUGCAUGUUUAGUUGACCAAGAAAGGGGACACGAUAAUAAAAGAGGCCAGAACGGAUAAUAUGACCAGAGAAUGCUCUUGCGACGAGGAGAACUUCUGUGGGACCGAGAUCAAAGAAGAAGUGUUCGACUGUUUCGAAACUUGCUGGUUUAGCGUUAAAUCGGUAGCGUUGAAAUGCUUUUGACUGACCUUUUAAGAUUACCGAUCAUCCAGAACAAUUAAAGCAAUGUCUGAAGGAUAAGGCUUAUAUCAUCGAUCAGAUAAUCAGUUGUUUGCAUGAGAAAGCUGAGAGGUGAGCAUGAAACACUAUGCAGUUUGAUUUAUAAUGAGUACUUUGGGGAUACUGUAACUUAUUUUUCUAGCUGCGUCCCGGGAAUGGAUGGACCUCAGAUUCAUUACAUAGACAUCAACAAAAUAAUCAAAAGCGCGGAUGCCCAAAUCCAUUUACAAGCGGACAAGUUCACAAAGACCCUACCAAAUAGUGCCAGAGAUCUUUUGGAGGCCGCGAUCACCGUCGGGACUUGUGUAAAAGAAUGUUUUCAAGAAAAGAACCAAGGUGGAUUUUGCUUUGAUCACAAAGGGUAGGAAGGAUUACAGUAGCCGUAAUUAAAUCUCAGUUGUCAACCCAAGAUUGAGACCAAAGAGAUGAGAAAUGCCUUGAAAAAGUGCUCUAAGGAAUUGGAAUGGCAAAAAGAAGCGGCCGAAAUGUGUGAUUGUGCUUAUAAAGCUGGUGUAGGGUAAGAAAGAGCUGCUCCGGUCACAUUGAUAUUUAAUUUCCAGACGCGUCCAACAAUACUGCGAUAUGAUACAUGCGAUGAACAGACACAAGCCAAGCUGA